AUGUACCAAAUUGAGUUAUGGGGUGCCUCUGGUGGAUAUCUAGAUAAUAGUAAAGGAGGAAGAGGUGCAUAUGCAUCAGGGUAUAUGUCAUUUUUCAACCCGAAGACCUUAUAUCUAUAUCUUGGGGAGAGAGGUUCCUGGAGUGGUCCAGCAACAUUUAAUGGUGGUGGACAAGGUACAAUAGAUGUUAGUGAUCAUAGUCAUUCAGUGUCAGGUGGUUCAGGAGGUGGUGCUUCAGACUUACGACUAUCGGGAGGUCCUUGGGAUGAUUUUAAAAGUUUGAAAUCAAUGGUAAUGAUUUCUGCUGGAGGUGCUGAGUCAGCUCAUUAUGCAGCUUGUGGAGGCUUAAUUCAAGGAGGUGCUGGAGGUGAUCUAAUAGGCUCUGAUGGUAUCAUAUGCACAUUCGAUCCUCGCCUUCCAAUUACAAAAUCUUUUGGAGCAAAACAAAAUUAUUAUGGUACUGGUGUAGAUCCCCAUGGAAUUAAUGGUAAAUUUGGCAUUGGUGGAUACUCAGAUUUGUUCGAUCAUGGAAGCGGUGGUGGAGGGGGUUAUUAUGGAGGUGGCGGUGGGGGAGCUGUAAAUUCACGUGUAGGUAGUGGAUCAGGAGGUUCUUCAUAUAUUAGUGGGCAAGAAAAUUGUAAAGCAAUAAGUGAAGAUUAUACAGAAACAAACUUAAAGCAUCUUUCCACAUCUGUUCAUUUUUCUGGUUUCAGAUUUUACUCGACUACACUUCUGAGUGGCUUGGUACAAAUUCCAAGUUUUUCUUCACCUGGAUCCUAUGAGAGUAAUGGCCAUUAUGGAUAUGGAUUAGCAAGGAUAUCUAUUAUUGAAACUUUGAAACCAAUAUCUAAAUGUAGUUGUUACAACAUCAAAUAUUUGUUAUUGUUUAUAAGUAUCGUAUUCUCAGAAGAUGAAUAA